AUGUCCUUGCCAACACAUUUGACCAGUAAUGCUUCUCAAUUGCCUUUUUUCUGUUCAUCCAAUUCACUUCUAUUCUACCUGGAUGAUCCCAGUACCUACUCCCAGGUUUUAACACUCUACAACCCAUAUGACUUCGUUGUCCGUUACAAAGUGUUAUGCACCGCUCCACGAAAAUAUUCGGUCGCCGAACCACAGGGCGAAAUUCGUGCGCAACACUCUGUAGAUACAAUCGUACGUCUUCUUGAUACAUCAGCAUCAUCUACCAAUCAGAAUGUUGUACAUAAAAUUCGCAUUCAAUAUUUUGAUCGUCGAAAGUCCCAAGAUCUUAUUGGCAAACGUGAUGUAACAUGUUCAGUCCUAUCUUAUAAACCCUUAGAACAAAAUUUCGAUGAAGAACCAGGCCUCGGUAGUACGACCCAACAUAAUCGAAUGAAUACGACGGUAACAACGACAAAUUCAACCCUUACUACACAACAAGAAACACGCGAUCCAUUAGUUGUUUUUGUUCUAACUGUUCUUGGUGCCAUAUGUGCGCUUAUUCUAGUAGCACCAACCAUUCCUGAUGAUUCAACCACUUCAAAUAUACGUUUGCCAUCUUAUUUACAUAUGACAACUAAUUCAAAAGUCAUUGCCAGCUACAUACUUGGGCUUUUAACUGUAGUUUUUAUUCGACGAUAA